UAUUAAUAACACGCUAUGUCAGAACUGCCCAAUCAGACUUAUUAUUUAUGUGACGUCACACGGAAGCUAACCCAAACAACAACAGACGGAGCUCUGGCAGAUCGAGACGAGCAGAGCACCAUGAAGGCACGGUGUAGAGUUUACCUGACGUCCAAUGUCCCACAAUCCUGCUUAGAUAUUCUGCUGAAGGUGGCAGACAUCUCGAUGUGGGAAAGUCCGGACCCUGUUCCCAGGGGAGAGCUGUUGAUUGGAGUCAGAGGCGUGAAUGCGCUGUUAUGCACAAGUUCUGAUCAUGUCGACAAGGAUGUGAUCAACUCCGCUGGGUCAGGAUUGUGCGUUGUUGCCACACUUAGCGAAGACACACAUCACAUUGACGUUGAAGAAUGUCAGAGACGGGGGAUCGAACUGGUGACCUUACCCAAAAUGUCUAAGGACACUGUCGCUAACCUAACCAUGGGUAUUCUUCGUCAAACUCUCGAAGACCAAGAACAACAGAAGUUUGAUAUCUUUGACUUGAACUCGAACACUUUAAAGAGCGACUCUCUGUUGUGUGAGAAGACGGUGGGGAUCAUCGGUUACGGCUAUGUUGGUCAGGCAGUGGCCCAGCGCUUCCUGGACCUUGGGGUCAAGGACAUGCUAUACAAUGACCUCUGUGUUGUAAAGAACCCACAGCCACGUGCCGAAUUCACGAACUUUGAACGACUUGUUUCAGAAUCGGACAUCAUUUGCAUUUGUUGUAAAGCACUGACGCAAAAAUCACAUCUCUUUCAAAAAGACGCUUUUAAGAAAAUGAAGAAAGACGCCAUAUUGCUUGACAGCUACUCAAAUGGACAUGCAAUUAACUAUUCCGAUCUCUACAAUGCUUUGAGGGAAAAACGAAUUUGUGCAGCAGGACUUGAUGUGAGGGACGUGAAUCGAACCCAUCCGUUUAAGACAAAUUUGUCUGCACUCAACAAUUGUUACUAUUUCCCGUUCAAAGAGUGCAAUCACACUUGGGACAUGCGCAGUGCUGCAUCAGAAUCAGUUGCACGAGCUGUAGUUUCUGCGUUGCGGCAUGGCAGGAAUUCAGAGCAGGAAGAGAGGUGAUAGAAACUGUGUAGGGUUUUCCUCCCAUCAUCAUCAUGUACAUACGUUAUGAUCGUUGUUUUUAAAAAAAAAUGUUUUUCCUUCCCUGUGAAUAAAAAAUAUACAGCACAUUGCUGUAAUUCUUUUGUACAUAGUUUUAAUUUUUAAAAAAUAAAUUAGUAUAUAAAUGUU